AUGGAAGUUGGGACGAGAGUUGGGAACAAGAAGAGAAUAGGGGGGGUUAGGAUGAAGAAGGUUGGAAAUGGAGAGAGUGGGGGCUUGGAUGGAGGGAGGCUGUGGUUCUACCGACAGUGUGAGCAUGUUUCCUUCCUUCUGUGGUCACAAUUUUGUGUUUGUUUGUUUGCUUUUGAUCAUAUCCUCGUGUGGAGCUGUGCGGCGCGGAAGCAGAUCCAAGUUUAUGCUCAAUCUGGUUGCAAUCUCUGGAGCCUUGCAGGGGUCUCAUGUGUUUUGAUGAAUGAUCUGACAAUGGACGAUUGCACGUUGUCUUUGCUUAGCUCCGAAGAUGGUGAUGAGGUGACGUGCUCUCAAGAGUGCGACGCGGGAAAUCGAGAGUGCGAGAUGGCCGUUUUGGAGGAGGACUGGGUUCGGGUACAGGCACGCGCCACGCUCAACAUCUUCCUCAGCCACAGCGGAGCUCAAAAGGACUUCGUGGAGCAGUUGCGCGAAGACCUAGAACGAGCGGGUCAAUCCCCCUUCUUUGACAAGCGCACCAACAGCCUGCCCAAGGGGGAGGAAUUCGCAGGACGCAUCUUUACCGCCGCGGAGGAAUGCGACUUGGCCAUCGUGGUGGUUUCGGAAGAGUAUUUCACUCGCACCAAGUGGCCCAUGCAGGAGCUCGUCGCUCUCUCGAGAGCACCCGGAUGUAAGAAGAUCCUGCCUUUGUUCUUCGGCAUAUCGUGCAAAGAGUUUAAGAACCCGGAGAGGCGACGCCACUGGUAUCAGGUUUGAGACAAGUGGGCCAAGUCGGACACGAGGAUCUUGGUACCCACAUGGGAGAACGCCGUGGGAGAACUAGACCGCAGGAACGGCAUGGAGUACGUGAGAGCGCUUGGGGAGGUGCAGUUCCGGAAGGAAGUGGUCUCCAUCGUGAACACCCUAACAUCAUCUCAAGACAAGGUAAUUCAAGUCGACAGCGCCGGCUCUCUACCCAGCAGUACAUGGGAGAAUUCAUCAGAAAGGCGGGUACCGCACAUACGGGAGUGGACUGAUUGCGCGCUGCUAAUGCUGCCGAGUUCGAUGGUGGAGCAGACUCCGCAAGGGGUGCUGCAGGCGAAGGGCGUGUGGGGCAAUUUACUGCACAUGAUGCUCCGAACGGCGCUGACGAUGGCGUUGGUUUCAGUGCUGAUGUAUCUAUUCUAUCUGUUUGCAUUCUAUAUUUUCUUCCCAGUGUCGAUAUCCUCGAUGGACAAGCUUAUGAACGACGCUCACUCCACCUCAUUUCCUUUCAAAUCCACCUCAUUUUCUUUAGGCUCCGAACUUGAUUUGCAGCAGCUUCAUGUGUAGGAGACAUUGUACAGAUUGUGUCACUACCCUUUCUAUUCUGUUCUAUUCUAUUGUACACUCAUCCUGUCCUGCCUUGCAAAGAUGUUUGCUUAUUCCUAUUCCAUAACUAGUUCAGGUAUGGUUUGCUUGGUUUGCUUGCAGCUACUGCUUUUGGAAGUGCAGUUGUUAGAUAGAUUUUGAAGCAGCUUAUUCCAAAUGUUUUGUUUCAAUUGUAUUUAGUUUUAUUUUAGGAUUUUUUUGUUUGUGAAGAGUGUUGAUAAUAUGUUCAUGAAUGCAAUUAGUAUUAGUUGAUA